CAGUUAUCACCUCAGAGAAAAGAAGUGUUAAGAAGAUUUUAGUAAAGAAGAUUUUAGUGAAAGCUAUCUGCCAUCAGAGGAAUCAAGGUGAAAAUGAACAACCAAGAGAACCCAGAAGUGUGAAGAGGAAGUAGGAAACAUGUCUGAUAUAGUCAGUGAUUUUUGUGUGAUUGUGUCUUUUGUGUCAAAACCUCCUCUGAAGAUGAAGCUCUGCCUCAGUGUGCUUUACGCAGCUCUGCACAUCACUGUUGGUUGUACAAUAUCUGAUCCGAAACAUGAGACCAUCACCAGAUCCCCAGGAGAGUCUGUUCUCCUGCUCUGCUCCUGUACUGACCUGCAGACUAAACCUUAUGAGAUUCGGUGGAGAGGUCCUAUUGAUAACAAGAAAGAGUUUUAUAAGUUGACUGGAAAUCUGAAACCAAAAGUAAAGAAGCGUUACCGUGUUAGAGUCCAGACAUUCAGUGACACUUCUCCAGGAAACGCAUCCCUGCUUCUGUCUAACCUGACUGAAGAGGACCAGGGAGAAUACAUGUGUGUGAUCGAAACCAAUAGUAGAGGAGGAAUCAGAAUAAUCACACUCAUCAUAAAAAGAGAAGGAGCUGGAGAUGAUUGUAUAAUAUCUGAACCUGAAAAUGAGACCAUCACCAGAUCCCCAGGAGAGUCUGUUCUCCUACUCUGCUCCUGUACUGAUCUGCAGACUAAACCUGAUGAGAUUAAGUGGAGAGGUCCUAAUGAUAACAAGAAAGAGUUUUAUAAGUUGACUGGAGCUCUGAAACCAAAAGUAAAGAAGCGUUACAGAGGUAGAGUCCAGACAUUCAGUGACUGUUCUCCAGGAAAUGCAUCCCUGCUUCUAUCUAACCUGACUGAAGAGGACCAGGGAGAAUACACGUGUGUGAUCAAACGCAAUGAAAGUGAAAUAUUCAAAAGGAUCACACUCAAUGUUAAAAGAGCAUGGGCCGGACUCUUCAGCAUUGUGUUGAUUAUCAUCAUCCUGCUGGUGGGCGUGCUGGGGACAGCUGCAGUCAUCUACUGGAGAUACAGAAAGAGAAGAAAUGAACCCUCAGACAGCAGAGGGGAACACUCAGGGCAGGAACAACAGCGGAACGAGGAUGUUACUUACACCACAGUAGUCCAUGGGAACACAGCCAGAGCAGCACCCAGAGAUGCCAACACUGAGGAGGCCACGGAAUAUGCCAGCAUCAGAGCAGACGGAGAUGUGACCUACUCAACUGUCGACCAUGGAAACAGAGCUAGACCACCCCCCAAAGAGAUCAACACAGAGGAGAAGACGGAAUAUUCCAGCAUUCGACUGGACAGAGCCUGACAAACAGAAGUAAUGUGAGAAGUGGCGUCUGUCUUCCCCAACAGGCACAAAAUGACUGAAUGAUUGUGACUAAAUUAUUUGGGGCUUGACUGUACUUGCCAUUUAGGCCUAUUCUUAAUUAGUUUCUGUUUUUAACCAAUCUUUUUGUUCAUUUCAUUGAAAAUUCUGUAAAAUUAUGAGUUAUUUAUGAUCACUGUGGAAUCAAGAGUACAUUAAAUAUAGUGUGCAUAUACAGAGACAUGUCCUGAGAAUAAAAGAUU